CCUUUUCUUUAGAAUAUGACUCGUCAGAAGUAGUGAUUGCACAAUCAGCCAAAGCCUCUCUGAUCUCUGUAUAAAGGCAGCUGAUUUGUGGUAAGUACAACACACUUCAGCAGACCAGUUGACUUCUGUCAUUCACUGCCAGCAGACACUUUCCAAAAAUGGCCGACUACAUCACAGAACUGCAAGUGUCUAUUGAUGAAGCUGAGGAGCAAAUGCUCCAAGCACAAGGCUUCCAAAAAAACCCGGUUGAUCUGAACAAAGGAGCAGGAGGAAAUUGCAUCCAUCUUUGGUACAAACGUGGAUCGCCUCCUAUCACCAAGGUUCAAGUUUCCUUCAACAGUGAGAUGGCUGACGGUUUGAUCAAAGCAGGGUACCACCAGAUCCAUAAAUCUCUCAAUGUUGGAGCAGGAGGUAGUCACCUCUACCUUUGGUACUUCCAAGGGUCCGGAGUGUUUGAUACUCCAAUAGUAGACAUUGAUGUCACUGCAGAUGCAGAGAGGGAAGCUGCAAAGUUCCAAUUUGGUUGGGAGAGAGUAACCUGUGAUUUAAACCGCCAGACUCGUGGAAACUGGAUCCACUUCUGGCUGAAGAAAGAGAAACCAAUGUACAUCAGUGAUGUCACUGCCACUGAUUCCUUUGGGUCAGACGCCGACUACUUGAAGAAUGGCUACAUCCGUCUGGAUGAAAAUACUAACAGAGGUGCAGGAGGAUCCAAUGUUUUCAUCUGGUACCGUCAGACCACCGACCCCAAGAAAGCAGUCAAACAACUGGAAGUCUCCACCACUGAUACAGAGUAUCAGGAAUAUCAGCAGCAAAAGUACAAGUCAGUGAGUGUUAACCUCAACGAGGGGACCAGGGGUCAUCCGGUGUACCUGUGGUACAAGAAAGAGGGAAACCACAACCCCAUCAAGACCCUCGCCCUGCUUCUCAACACAGAUCUGAUUACAGAGUAUGAGAAGUCUGGUGUCUCUGUGAUCAGAAGAAAUCUCAACCAUGGCAACAAUGGCUGGUUGGAGCAUCUGUGUUUCUAUCAGUAAAGGCCGAGCUGAGAGUUCUUUACACUCACUGAAGUAAAGAGCAGAGUCCAAAAUCUAUUUUCUUCCUCUUUCUCAAACAAUGUGAUUCUUUUGAUUCAAUCAGUGCUUCUGGUAAUCACAGAAAGCAUCAAUACUUCUUGUGAUCUCAUGUUAACCUCCCUGUCAAUGAAAUCAAACUAUUUCAAAUGUCUGUUUUUCAACUUGGAUCUUAAUGAAUGAUUAAAUGUUAUGGCUCUGUUUCACUUUAUUAUGCACAUUUUCUGCUCUCAAUAAAGAUACCUUUGCAUUUGAAA